CACAGCGGAGGCUCGGCAUGGCCUCUACCAAAACAAUCUCAAUUCAAUUCAGUUGACGAGGAGUGUUCAAGCUAUGCCGGCACUUAAAUUCGUUCGUUCCGUCUGGGACUCUUUCCGGGCCUCGUCGGGUCUUGAGCCAAGGCUAUUAGAUAGCCUCCAAGUGACACAUGCUUCACCCGGCAAGGUCAAAUUCGAGCUAGGCAUUGAGAAGCAGCAUACAAAUAGACUCAGUAUCCUCCACGGCGGUACAAUAGCAAGCAUGGUCGAUCUCGGUGGUUCUCUAGCAGUAGCAUCCCGCGGCCUCUAUGCAACAGGUGUCUCGACGGAUCUGAAUGUAACCUACCUCUCCUCCGGAGGCAAAAUAGGCGACCUGAUCAAAGCCGAAGCCUCCUGCGAUAAAUUCGGUAAAACGCUAGCGUUUACGUCUAUCAAGUUCUUGAAUGAUAAGGAUGAGGUAUUUGCGCGGGGAAGUCAUACGAAGUAUGUGGCAUUAGCGUGGAAGGAUCCGAACAACAUUGUGGACGAGCUGAGCCCGAAGGUGGCCAAGGGGUCGUAAGAUUUGUGUGAAAAAUCCGCAAAGGAAGCAGCAACCGUUGUUCCAAUAAACCAGCAAGAGUGUGCUAAAUAGGCUUCUGCUGGAUUGUAUCAAAAGACACGACAUCUAAAUUUCUGUUGGAGACUAGCAUGACCUCGUGAAGCCUGCUUAUCGGAUAGUAGAUACUACCAACCCACGCAUGCCAAAGUGCCGAUGGAGACAGAAAGAUUGUAG